AUGGCCAGAGUAAUCGGGGGAGAUGUCUGGGAAAAUACUCGAACGAACUUUGGAGUAGAUCCCGUCAGCACCAAUCAGCAGUUCGGCUUUUUCCUGAGUUCCAUCCGCGAACUCGAAGACAACAUUAUCACUGUUGCAAUCUUCAUGUAUAAGCUUGAGCAGGCCCAUAGCCAGCAGACCAUCAUCUAA